CAGAUUUUCAGACACUGCGGCUAACAUUUUCCCAGCGUUCCUUGCGAGCGGCCUUUUCCUCCAUUUUUGUGACAGAAUCAGGUUGAAAGCCUGGUCAAAGCAGCAUCAUGCCUGGAAGGCUGUGGAGCAAGGCCAUCUUUACUGGCUACAAGCGUGGCUUGAGGAACCAGCGUGAGCACACAGCUCUGCUCAAGCUUGAGGGAGUCUACAACCGCUCAGAGGUCGACUUCUACCUGGGCAAACGUUGUGCCUACGUGUACAAGGCAAAAAAGACCACUGCAACACCUGGCGGUAAACCCAACAAGGUGCGCGUCAUCUGGGGUAAAGUCACACGGGCUCAUGGAAACAGUGGAAUGGUUCGUGCCAAAUUCAGGAGCAACCUUCCUGCAAAGGCUAUCGGGCACAGGAUUCGUGUGAUGCUGUACCCAUCUCGUGUGUAACAUCCUUUUGUGUACAAAUAAUAAAAAAAUUGGUCAAAAAAGUU